AUGGUGGAUUUCUCAUUGAAGAAAGGGAGGAAAUAUGGAAAACAAGCACAGGGUACUACGCAGCCCAAAUCAAAGCCUAAGGCUGGGAAAGCCAGCAACCCCUACAGCGAUAUGAACGUUUCUGCUCAGUACUCGCAGCUGCCAAAGAUAAACGCGAAGGAUAAGAAUAAAGUGGCCAGCUCAAUGCAGAGAAGACUUUCUGUACAUAAUGCGAAUUAUGUACCACCCAAACUGGAUUAUUCGAUGCCUUUACCAUCCUCAACAGCGAUUGGCAUGACGAGCUUUAAUGAGAAUGAAGAAGGACAGCCCCAGAAUGUAGCGAGUGACUUGCGUAAUUUCGGCAAUGUACCUGACGGUAACAAUGUGGGAGAGCAAACCUCGGAAUCCAUACCCAAAGGAGUACCUUUUGCCUUUAUGAAGCCAGAAUCAUUGAGAGCCUUAUUGGCAGACCCAAAGUUCAAUGCCAAGACCUUUGUGCAUGAUGCAUUGGGUGACGCAAGCGCUAUUGAGAUUGACAAAUUCACUUCAAAUCUUAGCGAACUCGCGAUUGAAGUUCAAGAGGAAGCUCGAGAUAAUAUUAAUACAUCCUACAAUGAAAUUUUGAACGUGAAUAGGGAUCUUGGUAUUGCGAGCUUGGAGUUAAAGCAAUUGAGAUCGAGUGCAAAAGAACUUACCGAAAUGAUGCAACAGUUCUUUAUGAUGGCCGAAAAACGCUUACAAACAGAAAAUCAUCUAGAGCAAAGCCAUAAUGCUGCUUCGCCGGGCCUUCUACCACCUGUGCGUGCUGGUAGUAUCGGAGGAAAUGAGAGAGAUAGAAGCAGUGUUGCAAUUCUAGAGAGGAUAUGGGAUAACCAAUUGAGCACACUUUUCAAAAACGUUGAAGGAGCAAGAAAAUACAUAAGCGCCUCUCCGGGGCGACAUAUACUACUGGAGAGCGGCGAUUGGAUUGAACUCAACCUUGCCACGUUGAAACCUCUACAAAGCGUUCACAUAUUCAUCUUAAACGACAUGGUGCUAGUUGCCGCACGACCCAGAGAGAAGCAAAAAGAAUUAGUUGUAGCCCAAUGUGCUCAUCUAAGAGACGUAAAUGUAACCCCAGAGGGAGCCUCACAAAAACGGUUGUCUUUUAGUUUUGGACAUACCACAAGAUGCAUAUAUGAGUGCCGAGAUCCACAGGAAGGCCCGCGCUUAUUGAACGUCAUAAGACGAGCAAAAGAUGAUUUCCACGAUAUCUUCCAGGCUGAGGAAGAAAACGCAAGGAAAAUAAAGGAGUCUUUUAGUUAUCUCCAGUCUACUCAGCAAACACCAGGAAGGGAAGGUACAAAGAGCCCAGUGAAAAACGCAAGGCGAAGCCUUGGAAGUGUGACACCCGGUAGAAAUGGUGGUGAUGCCAUGGAUAGCUAUCUUUUCCAGAAAAUAACCAUGUCGAUGCACUCAAGAAGUCGUUCGCGGGACGUUACAUCUGUCCCACAGAAGUUGAAAUUUCUAGACGAUGGAGUAGAAGAAAUCGAUAUUGAGUUGGGUAGACUAAAAUUUGGUAAAGCUGUUGACGCGCUGAAUGCAUUGGAAACACAGUUAAAAAAGCUAGCGGAUCAGGGAGAAGAUGAUGAUAUGAUGUUGCAUGGACUUAUCACCCUCAAAAUAAAUCAAAGGCGUGAUGCUGUCGCUGCCAAACUAUCACAUACCAUAACUACGACAUCGGAAAUGGCCCCACUAAUUGUGGCUGUGAAGAAUAUGAUCAAGUUGGGAUUGUCCGAGGAUGGACUUGACCUUUUCUUACAGAACAGGUCAAACUACAUACAGGACUUGAUUUUACAAAUCGGAUCCCUGGAUAACACUGCCAACUAUUUGACACAAAUCGCUGUAAUUCGUUUCCAAUCAAUCAAGAAAACAAUCAUCAAUUUCAGAGAGAUUUUCCAGGAAGACAAGGAUAGGUUCUCCUCCAUUUUGGUAAAUUGGUGUCGCGAAGAAGCCGAUCAGCAUUUCUUGCUUAUUGAAAAGCAAUUGCCCAAUGAUGAGCCAAUUUCACCGGCUUCAAUCAGGUCAUCGAGAAAACAAAUUGAUGGACUAAAAUCAGUCGGGCUCGAUUUCGUUUACAAACUUGAUGAUUUUAUAAGAAAGAAUAACCAUAAAAUCCGUUGA